CGUCUUCGUUGCCUGCGCUCCUCGCCGAAUCGCGAGUUCGACCCUGUUGCGCAUGAAUCCGCGUUGGAGCCCCUCGAUCUGUCGAAGGCUUGUAGGAAUCUAGGCUUUACAGCAGCUGGGUUGCGUUGCAUUGCGCCAUUGUCGCAGAAUUGGUGGUGGGUGGACGAAGAUGAGCGCGACCAGAGCGUGAGGAAACAGGUAGAGGUGCUUUUGUAUCAUGGCGGAUAAGCCCGCGCGGGCGCUCGUUUGCUACGGCGAUGGCCUCAUGCCUGCCGUGAAACCUCAUCACGCGCAUCUUCAUCAGCUGGCUGUGUCGGGAUCCUGUGGCUUUUUGGCCUUGCGAUCCCUUCCGGAUGACGAGUCUCGCCCUGUUUUGGAGCUGGCGCAGCUGCUUGAUGUUUAUGAUGUGUACUCGGAGACGGCGUGUAAGGAGGAUCUUGCCUCAGGGAAUGGCAGUGCGGGCGCUGAGUUGAGACAGGAUGAUUUGUUGCCGAGUAUGGCAGAGAGGUUUAUGGGUACGAAGGCCACGUUUAUUGCAAAUUCCAAGUCUGCUGUGGCGUUGGGUCGGCGAUGUGGAUUUGCCACGGACUGUCUUGCAGAGGACGGCAGUAGCAGCUUGCCUGAUGCUAGUGCUACGGCAUCGAAAGCUCUAGGGUUGUUGGGAUUUGAUGAAUCGAGCGACGCGAAGGAGAUGAACGAGUUAGUGUUUUUGCAUCUGGAUGCGGAUAAUGGGACCUCUGCCGAAUGCGGGAUAGAAUUUUUGGACUCCUUGGUUGGUUCUGUACAGGACGCAUCGAAAGAAGGGACGAGCGCAUAUGGUCGUCUUUUUUUUGUGGUAGUAUUAGGGUACGGGGAUGCCAAGGCUAAUCUAGGAGACGCUGUUCCAAGCAUUAAAUCCAAAGAGAAGUUAUCAGUUGAGCUCGCAUCUCUGCGGCCGCGCCAGAGCUAUACCAUGAAAACGGGAAAACCCGUGGAAGGAGUCAGGGAGGAGUAUCCGUUAUUGGCUGUGUACAACCAAGUGGCGGUGACUCGUCGUGAUGAAGUCGAACGCUUCAUGUUUGAGGACUUCCAGAACCGGGCAGGAAACCUUGCGAUGCUGGUGGAUCGGUUUCUUUACGAAGUGGCGUUCAAGUUGUGGAAGGCGCCGAAAUAUGGAGCUUGAAUUACAUAAAGGACAUGAAGUGUUAGAUGAAAUUGUUUAUCAACUGAUUCGAACAGCUGAGAGUCUUCCAAUGGAAGUUGGACCGAUCUGAUCGAUUCUUCAUUAUCUCCACAGCUUUGUUACUGUACUUGGAGUACAUGAUUGUACUAAAUCAGUCAAGAUUAUGCACAAACCGAUUGAGUUUACCGCUUGAUUCAA